GUGUGUGUGUGUGUGUGUGUGUGUGUGUGUGUGUGUGUGUGUGUGUGUGUGUUUGUUUUUAUCACUUUGUGGGGACCGCAACCUGACAGCACACUCACGUUGUGGGGCCCGAAAAACUUUGUGGGGCCAUUUUGCUGGACCCCACAAGGAUUAUCAUUGGAAUGAAUAGAAAACACUUUGCUGAUGUCUAGUGUAGAAAUCUGAGUUUGGCCCACAAGUGAUGAAAAAAAAAAAAUAUGUGUUUAAGUGUGCUAAGAUUUUGCUCACUACUGCCCCCUUAUUUCGCUUAAUGGUAGUGCACUCUCACACACUCGCACACUCGCAGCCAAUGAACGGCAUGCUUGUUUGUCACGUGGGUCAGUAAUUGACGUGAAGUCACCUGAAGUGUCGUAAUGAAGACGGUUGAGGACAUCUUGAUGAUUACACGAGGUCAGAAGGUCCACGAUGGAAAUAUAUCUUCGCUGGAAUAAUCAUUUGGAAUAUUCAUCAUAAGAAAACAGAGAAAUAUGUCUUUACUGUACGAAUAUUUUUUCCAAGAGUUUUAAAGUAAUUGCCCUGGCAAUGCAGAUACACAAGGAAGAAGUCACUAGGAAGAGGAAGCGGCUAAAACCAGAAGCUGUAGCACUGCAACAUGUCCGUAGUGCCACAGACAGCACAUGUUUUUUGGAGGCACGACACAUAAAUCAAAUAAAAGGUCGUGGUGUGUUUGCACUGUCCCCAUUUCAAAAAGGGGAUUUUGUUGUGGAGUACAGAGGAGAAAUGAUAGACUCUGCUGAAGCUCAAGCUAGAAGGAAUAAGUAUCAUCCAUCACAGGCAGUUUUUAUGUUUGACUUCUACUGGCAUGACAAACAAUGGUGCAUUGAUGCUGCUGUGGAAAAUGGAUCAUUGGGGAGACUGGUCAAUGAUGACCAUGUUAAUCCUAACUGCCGGAUAAAAAAAAUUGUUGCAGACGGAAAGCCACAUCUAGUCCUGUUUGCUUUACAAAACAUAGAGAGAGGAGACGAGAUCACAUAUGAUUAUGGUGGAAGUGAUUGGCCUUGGAGGGUUAAUGAAAACAACCAGGAACUGGUGGAAAGUUCCAACACAAGGACCCAAGACGGCAAUGAGGUUUUCCCUUCGAUUCUGAAGGUUGAUGGAGCACAUUCUACCAAUGUGGGCUUUGAACAAAACAACCAGGAACUGGUGGAAAGUUCCAAUACAAGGAUACAAGACGGCAAUGAGGUUUCCCCUUCGAUUCUGAAGGUUGAUGGUGCACAUUCUACCAAUGUGGGCUUUGAACAAAACAACCAGGAACUGGUGGAAAGUUCCAAUACAAGGAUACAAGACGGCAAUGAGGUUUCCCCUUCGAUUCUGAAGGUUGAUGGUGCACAUUCUACCAAUGUGGGCUUUGAACAAAACAACCAGGAACUGGUGGAAAGUUCCAAUACAAGGAUACAAGACGGCAAUGAGGUUUCCCCUUCGAUUCUGAAGGUUGAUGGAGCACAUUCUACCAAUGUGGGCUUUGAACAAAACAACCAGGAACUGGUGGAAAGUUCCAAUACAAGGAUACAAGACGGCAAUGAGGUUUCCCCUUCGAUUCUGAAGGUUGAUGGUGCACAUUCUACCAAUGUGGGCUUUGAACAAAACAACCAGGAACUGGUGGAAAGUUCCAAUACAAGGAUACAAGACGGCAAUGAGGUUUCCCCUUCGAUUCUGAAGGUUGAUGGUGCACAUUCUACCAAUGUGGGCUUUGAACAAAACAACCAGGAACUGGUGGAAAGUUCCAAUACAAGGAUACAAGACGGCAAUGAGGUUUCCCCUUCGAUUCUGAAGGUUGAUGGAGCACAUUCUACCAAUGUGGGCUUUGAACAAAACAACCAGGAACUGGUGGAAAGUUCCAAUACAAGGAUACAAGACGGCAAUGAGGUUUCCCCUUCGAUUCUGAAGGUUACAAAGAAACCAAUGAAUUCCUUAGUUCAGUACACAGACUCUGAAGUCAGCUCUGGACCAGAUUUUUCUUCUCCACAACCUGAUACGGUUUCAGAUUUACCAUGUAGCAGUAUACAGCAACUCAGUAGCAAAAGUACUGUGGAAGGAGAACAUGAGCUUAGAAGGCCAAAGCUUAGAAGGAUUAAAGGCAUUCCGAUGGAGGAGACUCUUCAUUGGUCUGAAGAGCUUUUUGACAGUCCAGAUGAAGAAAAUAUUCAAGCAGUUGUGCCACGAUUGAAGCGGACAAGAAGAAGUUUUGACUCAAGUACAGAUGAGGAUGAAGAUAACGUGGUACAUAAAACUGUGCCAAGACAUAUGAAGUCAAGAAGCAUUUUGGUUAAUCAGAAGAUUUCUGUUGGAACUGAAAAACUAAGUGAAUCAAGCCUGGACAGUGGAGAAGAAUAUGUUCCAUCCACAAGCGGGGAUAGUACAGAUAGUAGCAUGAGCCAAGAACUAUCAUUAAAAAGUCAAGCUGAUGCUACAGUAGGUCGUUCACUUCCAUGCAAGCGCAAAUUCAAGACACCUCUUGCUAAAUUCCAGGACAAUGACAGAAUUGCUGCUAUUACACACAUCCAACAUAAUGUUCCUGACAGCAACACAUCAAGUAAAGCAACAGUUGGAGAUGUAUCAGUACUUGUUCCUGCUGUCGUCAGAAAGAGUAAUGGAUCUCGAAUGUACAACAAGCGACAGUACUGCUUAUAUUGUAGUUCAGCGGUCCAAAAAAUGUCUAGGCACUUGGAGCGUGCUCACCUAAACGAGACUGAGGUUUCAAGAGCAUUGAGUUUUCCAAAGGGAUCCCGUCAAAGGAAAUUACAGCUUGAAUUUUUGAGAAACAAAGGAAACUUUGCACAUAAUGCCGAAGUUAUAAAAACAGGGUCUGGAAUUCUUGUUCCCUUCAAACAACCAAAAGAAAAGUGUGAGGGUCAAGACUUCAUUCACUGUGUGUACUGUCAAGGGUUGUUUCUGAAAAGAGUGCUUUGGAGACACGUGCAGAGCUGUAAAUUCAAACCUAGUAGUGUUAAAUCUAAACCUGGAAAAACUAGAGUCCAAUCCCUCUGUGCGUUUGCUGAACCGGCACCCUCUGCGGUUAGUGAAAGUGUUUGGAAGCUGGUGAGCAACAUGACACAAGAUGAUAUCUCUUUUGAAGUAAAAAAUGAUCAGUGCAUCAUGGAGUUUGGAAAACAUCUAUAUAACAGGCUUGGAGCUGAUGUCAGCAAGCAUGAAUACAUUCGUCAAAAGUUGAGGGAGCUUGGUCGGCUGCGUUUACAUGGUAAAGAGGUUACACCACUGCAAACUAUCAAAGAUUAUGUCACACCAGAAAACUUCAUGUUAGCAGUUACUGCAGUAAAACACACAGCGGGUUUCAACGAGGAAACUAGCAAAUACAAAACCGCAACACUUGCUCUAAAGCUUGGACAUGGACUGAAAAAUGUGUCCAUGCUCCUUGAAACCGAUGCAAUGAUGAAAGGUGAUCAUGAUGGUGCAAAAGCGGCUCGUUGCUUUCGUCAGGUUUAUGAUGCCAGGUGGAAUGAGCUUAUAUCAGCCAAAGCCUUACAGGGUCUCACAGAGUCCAAGUGGAAUUCCCCACAGCUGUUACCUUUUACAGAAGAUGUAAGAACUCUGCAUUGCUACCUGGAUGACAAGCAGCGCCAGUUCUACAGUGACUUGACAUCAGAAUGCUCAUCUUGCAAUUGGGCUAACUUGACCAAAGUAACUCUUGCACAAGUUAUUUUAUUCAAUAGGCGUAGAGAAGGAGAAGUAUCCAAAAUGCUUGUUUCAACAUUCAUCCUAAGAGACAAAUCAGAUCCUCAUGAAGAUGUCAAUGUAGCUCUCUCUGAGCUAGAGAAAAGUCUCUGCAAGCAUUUUGUGAGACUUGAAAUAAGAGGUAAGAGAGGACGGAAGGUGCCUGUGCUCUUAACUCCUGCGAUGGUAGAUUCCCUUAAUUUGCUUGUGGAGAAGAGAAAAGAAUGUGGAGUGGCUGAUAACAACUCAUACAUUUUUGCACGGCCAUAUGCAAUGUCCCACUACAGAGGGUCAGAUUGCAUUCGUGACUUUGUGAAAGCUUGUGGAGCCAAGAACCCCCUCUCACUCACCUCUACAAAGCUCAGAAAGCAUGUUGCUACACUCUCAAAAGUACUCAAUCUCAAUGACACGGAGCUUGAUCAACUAGCAGAUUUCCUUGGACAUGAUAUCAGAGUCCAUCGCCAGUUCUAUCGCUUACCUGAGGGCACUCUCCAGCUUGCAAAGAUCAGUAAGAUUCUCAUGGCCCUUGAGCAGGGGCGUUUAUCGGAGUUUAAAGGAAAGACCCUAGAUGAUAUCAACAUCUCCCCGAAUGAGACAAUCCUGUGUGACAAAGAAAUCCAAGAGACCAGGCUGGAGGAGACCAGGCUGGAGGAGACCAGGCUGGAGACCAGGCUGGAGGAGACCAGGCUGGAGGAGAACAUGCCAGAUUCUGUGGUGAGCACACGAUUGUCCAAUGUGACAUCUCAAAAUGAAAAUCAGCAUCCAAGGAACAAGGAUUGUGUUGAGGACACAACUGAGUCACCAUGUGCUUCAGGCAGUCGGAUGCGAAAUUACACAAAGAAAAACUCUCAAGCUAUGCAAUUAUCAUCUCCAAAAAAGGGUCGCAAACCAGUCAAGAAGAAGAAUUGGCAGAAGGUGGAGGUUGAUGCAGUUGAAAAACACAUGAUGCACUUCAUUGAAUCCUGUCGUGUUCCAGGAAAGGCUGCCUGCGAUUUGUGCCUCAAAUCUGAGCCGGAAGCCCUAAAACAGAGGGACUGGCUGGCUAUUAAAUUUUACAUCAAAAACCGGAUAUCUGCUCUAAAAAGAAACAUAUGCUCCUGAGCUGCAAGUAUCAUUUGUAAAUGGCUAAAUGUUAUAUGGUCAGAUUUUAGGGAAUUUUAAAUGUUUUUCCAAAUUGAAUGUUUUCAACAUCUGGGCAAAAUGUGGUUUUAAAAUCAGCCUUUUUAGUUCUAAAGGUAAACUAAUUCUUCAGUUCCAGCUUGUUCUUUUGCCGUCUACAGUUAUAGACAAGUGUUUUUUCUGUCCAUUUAUGUCGUUAUGAGCGACAGUGUUACAUCGUUACAUAUGAUUAAAUAAAACGAAAGGUUACAGCAACGUUUUUUUGUCUAAUGUAUUAUCUCAUGAAAAACUGGUUUAAUGUUUAAUUGUCUUAAAGCAACACCAAAGAUUUUUUUACCUUAAAAUAAUGUUUACAAAAAGUUUGUCAUUCAUCCACUCGAAACAGGGUGAACGGCACUUUCACAUUCGCUUUGCAGCCCUCUAUCGGCCAAAACCGCCCUAAAGAAGUUUCCAACCAUCGGGAUCGCAGUCCUGUAGUUCGAGUGAAAACUACAAAAACUUGCUUUACGGGCAGACCUACAAUCCAAUAAGAGCCAGCUUUGCUGCAGUAUUUACGACAGUGGUAAUGGACAAUUAUGCUUCUAACCUGUAGGGGGAGCAAAUAGCAAAAACUCUUUUUGCUUUAACAUGGAAAUGUUAUAGACGGUUUAAGCAGUAACAACAAAAACAAGCGGCUCUCGCGGUCCGCACGUAACUUCCGGUAAACUCCGCUAAUAAUAAAUAACCACAAAGUACUUUAAACGUAGUUUAUUUAUAUAACAAGCAAAAAAAACAACACAUGGAUUACCUAGGAAACCAAAACAUUUGUUAUUUUCGACGAGGCAUUUGUUCAAGAGAUAAGUUUAGCAACUAGUCAGACCAUUAAAAAAACGAAAGCGGAACGUUUUCAAGACGUUUAUCACGUGCGUCCGAUGAAACCUUCUAUACAUUAACUACACAUACUUGCUUGUGAUUUCACAGUCAUCGGGUCCUGGAAAGUACUAAAAAUAAGAUAAGUGGUGUUGUUAAAUUUUUAUAUGUUUUAAUGUGUUCUGGUCUUGCCUGGUUUGAAACAAAGCAUAAAACAUCAAAGAGAAAUGUCCCACAAAAUAGGGUGUAUAAACCUGUAAAUAUACAUUAAUAUGUAUGUAUGAGAGGCAAAUAUCCAAAAGCAUCUUAAUAUCAACUCAAAUGCUGUUUACUUUGUUCAAGUGAUACUGUGAAGUAAAGGAUAUAGAUUUUUAUUCAACUGAAAGACAAUGUGCAAAGGGCCCCACAACUAAUGAAUAGUAAAUGCAUGGCCUCACGAAGUAUGUAAAACCUGAAGUGUGUGUAGGUGGACCCACAAGGAAGGAAAACCAGUUUGGGAUCCCACAUGUGACGGCCCAGUCAGGUCUUGUGCAAAAGUUCUUAAAUUUGAGAUUAUCAUGUGAGAUAUGUGUUGAUGAAUGUGUUCUGACCUUGCAUGAUUUUUUUAAGAAGCGUACCUCUUCUAGAAAGGGUGGAUCCCACAAGUGAUGUCCCAGUCAUGGGGCCUCGCAAAGUAACAAAAACAAGGAUGUGUGUGUGUGUGUGUGUGUUUUCUUUCCUAACAGAUGGUUUUUAAUAAUGAUUAAAGUGUUUGCUUAGAAGUAGUAUUGCAGUAAAAGAUUUAAUAUGUGUUUAUCUAUCUAAAGAAGUUAAUGUGUGCCUUAUUCAUAUAACCAAUUUUACAAAUAAUGAAAUGAUGUCAUGAUAUUGAAAUAUGUUUUACAUAAUAAUCACUUUCAUCUUACAGCUUAUGUUUUUUAUAAAUGAAUGUUUUAUUAAUGAUUUGUUUUUAAGAAAGCAUUAUAACAUGCUAUGUCAAGUGGAGGAGUACUAGAGAAGAACUGCAGGGCUCCCAGGGAUGAGAGGAGAACAGAUUGUUUUUUUCUUUGUCUAUGUGUGUCCAUCUUUGCCUACAGGCUAAAAUUGGGUGUGGUGAUGGAGUCAGAUGGACGAGGGGAACGGCCUUUGUGGGUGGAGAUUUUCUGAAGAAAGAUCGACGUCACAUAUUUUAUAAAUAAGCAUGUUACUUCCUGAGCUGGUUGUU